AUGGAUGACGCGGCGCCUCGAAACGACCAGCACGCUACCGCCGCGGACGUGUCGCGACAGGACGAAAGCACGGUUACCAGACUGGACGAGAGUGUGGUUACCAAACACGCCGUUGCGAGCGGGGAGCAACGGCGCGUGGUAUUCGAGAUUCGCGCGACGGACGGCGAGGCCCGCUUAGGAUUCAUCCGCGCGACGCGCGUUGGCGAGGCGGGGAGAGGAGGGGAUGAGAAGGCAGGCAUGCAGGGCGCUGAGGAGGGGCCAGGAGUGCAGAGCGGUGGUGAGUGGUUCGAAGUGGCGACACCCGGCCUGCUGGCGUACACGCGGCGGGGACUGCCGGUGCAUCUGACGCCGGACGUGGCUCAGUCGCUGGGGUUCGCCGGUCUCGGCAGCCCCGCCCACCAGACCGUUGCCGCCCACAGCCGUGCACGCGCCCCCACCCCCACCGCCGCCGGGCUGCACGGCUUCCUGGCGCUGCCGCCCGCCACGCUCAUGCUCGCCUCGCCACGCGACGCGCUGCUCUUCCCGGGCGGCCAGCAGGGCGGCAAGGCCUCGGCACGGCCUGCCACGUGGUUUGACACGCCCAGCGGCCGCCGGCAGGUCACUCCAGAAGACCACAGUGCCAUCGUGGCAUCUCUGCUGCCACAUGUCGCCAUCCCAUUGCACGAUGCACCGCCCGCCACGUCAUCACUGAAUCGUCACCGAGUGGCUGUGCAGCGAUCGCUGACGUGGCUGGAUGAGGAGCUGCGAUUGGCUGAAGAAAGAGGGGGAACGAAAACAGCGCUGCUAGGAGCGGUGGUGGGGGGGCCGUUUGAGGAGGAGAGGAGGCGGUCGGCCCGCGAGACUGCUGCGAGGACAGGCCUGGCAGGGUACCACGUGGCGGGGCUGGGCCUGGGGGAGGCACUGCCGCACAGGGACGCGCUGCUCGCCGCUGCUCUCUCGGAGCUUCCACCCGAGGCAAUGAGACACACGGCAGGGCUCAACACACCAGAGGAGGUGGUGCACGCGGUGGGCAGGGGCGUCGACCUCUUUGACUGCACGUACCCCCACGACCUCACCCUCCUCGGCCUCGCCUCCACGCUGCCUCUCCACCCGCCCUGGUGGCCGCACACCGUGCCGCAGGGGGAGGGGGAGGGGGAGGGGGAGGGGGAGGGAGAGGGAGAGGGGAAAGAGGAGCGGGAUGGUGGGGCAGUGGAGGCGGAUGGGAUGGUAAGGGAAGUGGGAGAGGAGAGGGAGGGGGAGGAGGCGUACGGGUCCAAGAUGAACCUGCGGUGCUCAUGGCACAAGCGCAGUUUCAUCCCCAUAUCGUGCACGUGCGCGUGCUACACAUGCACCCGCCACACACGUGCCUACCUGCACCACCUGCUGGACGCCCAUGAGAUGCUUGCGCUCGUGCUGCUGGACAU